AUGGCCUCAUGGAAUUCGCUCCCGCCCGAGAUUCGUCAGAUGGUUCUCCAGUCUGCGAUUUCUCAAAGCCCAUUCCCUACGACACCUGUCUUGGCUACAGUAUCUCGAGAUUGGCAAGACUUUUUCGAGAGAUCAACAUUUAAAGACCUGGCCUUGACCAACGGUGAUUUAUAUGUUUUCGCCUCAGCUAUCAGGGGCAAUGUCACCCGACUCGGGUAUAUCAGAACCCUACGUCUGCGUAUAAAUCUCAUGCCCUAUAGUAGCCGUUCAAAAGAAAAGACUGAAAGUGCAACAAAUAUCACACAGAACAAUAGAAUCUUUACCCAAGCCUUAGCAGUUCUUCUCAAGGUCCUAUCGUUGUGGAGGGGUGAUUACGGAGGACUCGAGGUUGAGCUUGACGCACGAUCACCGAGUGAUUGCAGGUACUUUGCUUUCAUACACGAACUCCACGAUGACUUUCUCUUCCGAUUCCAAGAUGAAGACGAGCUUUUCGAUGCCGUAAAGUUGUUCUACAAAAAGAGAUACGAAGAAACAAAGAGAACAUGGGGCUCACGCAGAUCAACGUCUUCAAACUUGAUCAGGACUCUCAACGGCGAGACGAUCAGACGACUUAGGGGGCAUCACCUCGAACUCAAGCCGUCAUUGAUGAACAGAGGGUAUCCUUACUCUCAAGUUGUGCGGAAUCUACCUGCUACACCGAUUGUGAAGGGGCUUGUGAUUCGAAGGGUCGCGCCUCGACUUAUCGCACUGGAAUCCCUGGGCAAGAUUAUACGGGAGAGCUUUACGGCAUUGGAAUACUUCUCUUAUUCUACUUACAUGAAGCAAACUGAUGAUAAAGAGCGAGACUUUCUCGAUGGUCUUGCUACACAGCUACUGACCUCCCUGCCCACAACCCUCACGAGAUUUAGCUAUAGCAGAAGACCAAUUAAGGACUCAUGCGAUCCUUGGGUCAACCACCGUCCGUUAGCGCGCCUCUUCGCCCGAGCAUGUCACCGGUUUGCUGAAUUCCGCCCACCGCAGGACCUCCGCCUGGUAACAUUCUUUGACGAAAUCAUAGCGGCUGGAAGGUGUGAGGAGUCCAAGCUCAAGAAACUGUCUAUCACGAGCAUCCAUUUGCACCACGCGGCAGAACAGCGCCAUGUAACUUACUAUCUGAUGUCAGCCGCCCGCGCAGCAGCGACGAUGCCUAGCCUGCGGACCAUGGAGCUCUGGUGCUCCUACCCCUAUUAUGGAAUUUUAUUUCGGUGUGAAAUAGAUACUUACAAGGUUCAAAUCACAUGGAGAUAUCUAAAGAAUGGGCCGAGAUUUGCUCUCGAGGAGAAAGUGGUUCAAGAGUGGGAAAAGGUCGCUUCAGCUCGCCUCUUCGAUGUGAACAGCGCGCCCUUUGAUGACACUGCGGGGAAAUGGGAAAGGUCAAAGAUACUUCCAUACUUGCAUCUGAAACGGCUUGCUUAUAGUCCACUUGAAGAGGCGCAGAUAAGGGCUUUUCAGCCUGGGCAUAGAAACUGCUGGUAUGUUCCGGCGACACCUGAAUACCGCGGCGUUUAUUAA